UAGGUAUCCCAACAAGCAAGCUGCAUUCAGAACUCUUUUACUACCUAUGCAAAGCUCACUCUCCGCUCAAACUUGAUAUGGGUUUCGUGAACGACUGCUAUGAGGGCAGUCACCUGCUGGCACAUAUGUAUCAUCGGGUCAUAAACAACCGGGGUGGACCAGUGACGCGGUUAAUGUCUGCAGGGGGCAAAAGCACAGAGGACGGAAUAGAGGCAUUAAAAGAUUUAAGUGAAUUACUUGGAGUAGGAGCAUCCAAAUGGAUUAAUCCAAUGCUAUUAGCUUUGGAGGCAUUACAAGUUUUGGAGAUUAGCAGCAAGUUAGCUGAUGAGAUUACUAAGAUUAAACUAUCAAAACCACCAAAGAAGAGUCAUCAAAUUCCUUCAGCAUCGGAUCUGUCCAAGAAACACAAUGUGGGUUUCAGGCUGCUGGAAUGUGAAGGGAUUAGGGAUAUCAAAUUUGACCUCCAGGACGACAUAAGAACGGUUUCUCUGCCUCAGAUCACUUUAAAAUGCGAUUCAGAGGUGGUUUUAAGAAACCUGCUGGCAUAUGAAUCUGCCAUUGCAAUCCCAGAGUCAGCCUUUGAGCUUGCUGGAUAUAUUCACCUGAUGAGCAACAUACUGCAGACACCUGAUGACGUGGCGUUGCUACGGGGGAAGGAUAUCAUCAAGGGAGACCUAACAGACGGAGAAGUUCUUGAAAUCUUCAACGGGGUCGGAAAAACUGUGGGGAACUCGAAGCCGAAGAAGGAGUGUGCAAGCAGGGAGGUGGUGAAACAAGUGAAGCAGAUGGUGGAGGAAUGGGAGAAGAAGAGGAAGAGGUAUGUGUUGAAAAGGGUGUGGAAGUGUAUGGAGAAGAAGGUCAACAAUGGUGUGGAGUUGAUGAGUAAGCCUGUAAGAAUUGGUGUCAAGAGUCUGCUGUAUCUUAUCAUGAUUGUGCUACUUGUGCUGGAGAUGAUGCAAGCAUAUCGCCAGAUUUAUGAACCCAAGAAAGGCCGGGGUUCUUAGCCUAUGAGUUCCAAGAUUAUUUUUGGUGUCAGACAACAAACGUUAACGUUUUGUUUGAACAGACAAAAAAAACCUACACAUAUAUGUAUAAAAGUGUGUACACCAAAAUGGUGUGUACAAAAAGUAUUUUUGAUGAGUUCCACUAUGUCACGGGAGCGUUAGAUGCUUAGAUAUACUACGUAUAUAUUUAUUCACUUCCUAAAUAAGUGUAACAUGUUGAAUUUUACAUUAUUCACAUGUUCUAUUUUGACUUUGUUUUAUGUAUUAAUGUAUUAAUAAAUUAUUCUAUAAAAAAUAUUGUUAAAUUUGUGUCA